ACGCCAUGUAUUUUGCCUGCUACGAAAACAUGAAAAGGACUUUAAAUGAGGUUCUCCACCGCAGAGGAAACAGCCAUCUGGCCAAUGGUAUUUUGAAAGCGUUUGUCUGGAGUUAGACUGCUCUGUUCUAUUCUACAACAGACCCUCCCCUCUCUGCUUCCUUGGGGCUUUCCCCCUUGGGUGACCCAGCGAGCUAACACACCCAGUCUUCAGUCUGAUUGCUUGUGAAUAACGAACUGUAGACCUGUCCAUAUCUAUCUAUAUAUCUAUGGAUGAGUAGAUCUAUAGAUAGAUAUAGAAAUAUUCAAUUUUUCUGAACUUUGGGGAACUUGACAACCAAGGGGUGUGCUCGGUUUUUUGCAUUUUUUUUUUUUUGACCUUUGCUUUAACACUCAGACUCUUUUCAUAGACCUUUAUUGAUCAGACCUUAAAUAGAAACCAAACAUGUGAAUUCGGGCUACGAGAAGCGCUCUCUGAACAGCCUCUCUCAGACUAUGUUAAAAAAAAAAAAAGACCUUUGGCGCUGCAGCAGCAUCGGCGAGAAAAUCAGGCUUUAAGAGAUCUUGCAAGAAGUGUUACUGACUGACCGGAGGCGUAUUCUCCAGAGCAGACCACCAUGUGUCAGGAUCUAAGCUCCUGGGAGGGUGCCCCCUCCCACCCCUGCGGCUCGUCUGAGUCACAGCUUUCUGGGAGCAAGGGAUGGAAUAGUUUACUUUUGAAGGAGAAGGGGGGUGGAGACAGGGUUUUUUGAGUUCUUAUGUACAGCUCUUCCGUAACGUUCCACGUGGGCUUGAGACGGGAGGGGAUAGCGGGGAGUUUGGCCACCCUGCUCCACGAUGCUGUAAUGAAUCCAGCCGAAGUGGUGAAGCAGCGCAUGCAGAUGUACAACUCCCCUCAUCAUUCGGCGCUACGAUGUAUCCGGGAUGUGUGGCGGACCGAGGGGGUGGGCGCCUUCUACCGGAGCUACACCACCCAGCUCACCAUGAACAUUCCCUUCCAGUCCAUUCACUUCAUUACCUAUGAGUUCCUUCAGGAGCAGAUCAACCCUCAUCGGGGUUACAACCCCCAGUCCCACAUUCUCGCUGGAGGGCUGGCGGGAGCCAUCGCAGCGGCUGCCACUACCCCCCUGGAUGUCUGUAAGACCCUCCUUAACACUCAGGAAAACAUGGCUCUCUCCUUGGCCAAUGUCAGCGGACAUCUCUCUGGCAUGGCCAAUGCCUUUCGGACAGUGUACCAGCUCAAUGGUAUUUCUGGGUACUUUAAAGGUAUGCAGGCACGGAUAAUCUACCAGAUGCCAUCCACAGCCAUCUCCUGGUCAGUCUAUGAGUUUUUCAAGUACUUCCUUACAAAGCACCAGAUCGAGACUAGAACUCCAUACUAAAGGAUCAGACUGUGGGGAGCAAUUCCAGCAUCUUAUUUAAAAAAGAAAGGAUUCCCCCUCUCAUUUCCAUCCCUCUUUCCCCCAUGCCCCCGAAACCAAGUUUUACAAGCUUCGGGUUUCCGGAAGUACCAGUGUGAUUCUUGCAGGGUAUGUGCCACUGACCAGCUGGCCUCCCUGUUUCCAGCCUUGAAAGAGGGGUUGGAUCUAAAAUGGCGGCACUGAUAGCUGGGGAAAGAUUUUAGCGGAAGAAAGAUGAAUGCCUUCCUCCUCCCCCUUCCUGUCUUUUCUCUCCCCUGCCAGAAGAAUGAAUGUGACUUUUCUUCUUCCCUAGAAAUCCUAAAUCGCACAGAAUAGGGUUGGGGAAAUGGGGGGGUCUGGGAUAGGUGGGAAGUUUGCACCUCAGAGACUUAAGAUGUUAAAGACAGAUUAAAUAUGAUAUGUAUAUACAAGUUCCAUUACGCAAUAUAAAAAUAGAUGGAUAAUGUUUAUCCUUUAUUUUUCUAUGUAGAAGUUGAAUUUGUGUGUGUGUGUGUGUAUGUGUGUGAGAGUGUGCAAAUAGUAUUACAGUUGAGAUUUUAAAGCGCUUUUUUUAAAAAAUGAAACCAAAGGCUCAAUUUCUCCCAUCAUGAUAUAUAAUUAAGCACCAAAGCAUCUUUACCCAACCUCCAGGGGUAGCCUGAAAGCCCAGGGGUUAGUCACCCUCCCUGCUCCUCUCCCCACCCCCACCCCCCAUGGAAGUUUCACUUGAGUGUAUGUACUAAAUGUUGAGUUUAUACUUUUGAGUUGUUUUUUUUUUAUGGGGAAAAAGGUACAUUUAAAAAAAAAUCUG